AUUAUCAUUGUCUGUCAAAUCGAGUUGUAUCAUAUUGGCCCGGUAUUUUAGAGAUGUUAUUACAAUUUUAAACAAAUUAAAACAUUCUUGGCGAUGUGAGAUGCCUUGCUUGAGCGCAGCCAUCGGGUUUUGAGGGUCGUGUGUUCUCCCUCGCUCGGUCUCAUGCCAUGCGGGACCCUGCUGUCUGCCAUAGCACCCUCCUCUCUCUCUAGACGGUUCUUUAUCUUUGUUGUUGUGCAGUGAUCAUCCAGUGGUGCAGUCAGACCAGACCACUGUGAGACCAAGACGCUGCCCCAAGUUCACAUGUUGUGGGUUAUUAUGAUUGGGUUUAUCGUUAGGGUGAGGUGAUGAGGAAACAGCUUAAUUAAGGGAUCAUCGGAUGGGUACGCAAACAAGCGCGGAUGAGAACAAAAUAGCGGUCCCAACAGUAAGCAGCGAGCACCGCGUCAUGUGAUGUGAAGUGUGUCUGUCGACCCUAAAGCCUUGACCUCUCACCCCUGACCCAGUGAGGUCACAGAUGGUCCAUAUCUGGCCCGACCCAGGAGACUUCCUCCUCCAUCCUGAUCCUCAACAUCAGUCAGUGAGCAGUGUGUUGUGUUCCUGCUGAACGCUCCAACGGCAUCCUGACCACCUCCUAACACCACCCACCACCUUGGGCAUGCCUCAGCCGGGCAUGAAUGGGAUGGAGCCUGCGUUUGGCGAGGCGUAUGGGAGCCGUGGCUGUCUCCUCAGCCCCUACCCCCUGGCUGUCUCCCCUCUAGGGGGCAGGACCGAAUAUGACCAGAGCGUGCUCCUGAUGCUGGGCUCUCCAGCGACGCCACGGAAACGGCCCUUUGAGUUGCUAAGCGACCUGGUGGACGACGGGGGCUUCGGCGAGGAGCUGCACGUGGAGCGUUGGGACGUGUCGGCGCUGGAUGACAUCACACGCUACACCAAGCUGGGCCUCGGGGGGGAGCUGGCGAGCACAGAGGACGCCGUGCUGAUGGGCCGUUGGAGCGGGACCCGGGAGGAAGAGGAGGAGGAGAGGAGGAAGAGGAAGGCACAGGCCAUAGCUCAGCAGCAGACAUCACAUGUAACCACGAUGAUGGUAACGCAUCUCCACGGAAACGGCAUCACAAUGACCCCCGACCCCUGUCUAGGCCACGCCCAGAGAGGCAGGGUGGUCAGAGAGCAGGUGGGACUUGAUGUUACCAUGGCGAUGGAAAGGGUGACAGAAAAAGGAGGACAGGAUGGGGGGAUGAGGGUUCCUACGGUGGAGGUGUACCAGGUGGCAGAGGAGGAGGAGGUUGCCGCAGCUGUGUUGGCAGCGGCGGAAGUCGUUGCCGCGGUGACUGAGACGUCUGGGAUUCUUACGGGGGGGUCAGUGUUGGAACACAACUACUCUCUGACCCAGGGGGGGGAUAGACCCUCGCCCUCCAGCCCCAGCUCUGAGACAGAGACAGAAGAGGAGGUAGAGGGGCAGGAGGAGGGAGAGAGGGAGGAGGAGGAGGAGAGGGAAGAGCAAGAAGAGGUAUUGUUGGAGGAGGAAGAGGAGGAGGAGGAAGGGGAGGACGGAGCAGGGGAUGAGACUGCGGUGGAAGCAGAACUGUCCAGCUCGUCAGAAACAGAAUUUGAGGUGGAACCAGAGCGGAGGGGUGGUCCAGGGGAACGGCCCCAGAAGAGAAGGUGUUUCUGGGAGUACCGCCACGCUCACGCACGGGACUCUGGGAGACAGAAGAAGACUGGAGGGGAGGUCCGAUGGUCCCUCUCCUGGAGCUCUAGCACCCUACCUAGUACCCUAUACCGCAGAGAGGGAAAGAAAGGAAGGCGCAAAGCGAGGAAGACGGACGCCAGCGACCUGACCCCUAACCCUGUGAAGCUCACAAACAUCGGCGAACAGCUGCAGAAACUCAACGCCACCAUAGAUGGGAUGGGUCCUGUUAACGACCUGCCUGUUGUGGCCAGGGCACGCUCACGCAAAGAGAAGAACAAACUAGCUUCCAGGGCCUGUCGGUUGAAGAAGAAAGCGCAACACGAAGCCAACAAGAUCAAGCUGUGGGGACUCAACCAGGAGUACGAGAACCUUUUGGGGGCGUUGCUGAGGAUCAAGGACGUGAUUGGUCAGAGGGUGGAGCGCAGCGGAGAGGAGGUGGACAAAGAUGAACGAGGGAUGACCCAGAGACUGGAGGACAUACUGAAAGAGUCCAGUGGUCCUCUAGUGGCUGGACGGACCAAAGAGUUUGUCCAGAGGAUCCUGGAGGUGAGUGGAGGGGGGCUGACCAAGGCUGGGGCCAAGGGCAAAGACACACAGACCCCCCCUCCACCGGGAGAGGGGACAGCUGCCUAAAGUUAACCCCCAUCCUCCCUGCCCCCCUG